AUGACGCCUAGACUGAAGCCUCUGCUCCUGCCGCAGCUGGUUGAGCAGCGACUUGGAGGCCGGACCGAGAAGCAACAAGUGAACGAGCAUGGUAAUGGAUCGUCCACCAUGGCAGCUCCUGACCAAGGCGACUUGUCAUUCGUCUACUACACGACCAAUUCCUCAGCGUCCGACAUAACGUCCCCUGUAACACCCAUCUUCUCGCCCAAGGGCCACAACAGAUUUUCGAGCUCCACCUCAUCGCUGGAACUGCCCAUGCAGAUGCCGCAGGAAUGUCCAGCCUCACCAUCACAGACCUCGAGUGCCAUGUCCACCUUGCGACAGCUGCCUGAUGUGGAGGAGGAACCGCUGGAUCGCGGGGAGGAUACAGCUACUCUUUCCGAUCAGUUUGGCUUGUACAGCUGCUUGUGCGACCAAGCUUGCUCCCACCGCAACAGCUCAGAGUCAAAAUUCCAGGGUGAUUUCGUCUCGGAAUUUGAUAUCGACUAUGACAUGGGCUUCCUGAGCGACACCGACUUCACCACUGACCCUCGCUACCCUCGAAAAAAGCGCAGCACUACCGAAGCUGCUCUGUCCGAGUUCACAUCCCGGCUGGGCUCUCGAAUGCCCUCUCUCAAGCGAUGGCGGUCAACCAAGCGUGCAGCUCUCAGAGCGUCGCCUACCACAGGCUUAAGCUUGGAGAAUGUCUUGGCUCGCGGGUCGAUUAGCAGCCGUUCAUCGUCAAUGUCGGCGCCAACACACCAUCUACCCGAACGUGCCCUGGAGUCGAUGCCACCGGUCCCGUCCAACCCGACCAUGACAUUCUACAGCCACGGCGACGACGUAGAAACUGGACUUGGGCUAGACAUUUCUCCCGAGGACCACUCCAACUUGGCACGCGAUCGCUCCAUGGCCACUACUCCCCUCCUCCCCCCCCUGCUCACCAGCACGCUCGCCGGGCCUCCACGAGAGUCGCCGCUGCAGUCACCCAAGGUUGAAACGAGCCCAACUCCAGAUGCUCCGUUGUCGCCCGCGUUUGGUGCACCAGCGCAGUUCUCUCGGCCAGCACUGAGCAGUCGUCCAUCCAUGUCCUCCCUGCGAAAUGUCUCCAGCAGCACGGAGCUGCCACUCCCGCUUCCGUCGAUUCUGCAGGAACAUGAUGAGUGGUCGGACCGACUUGGACACGCCAAUUUCACCAUCUCACCACAGCCGUACGAGUUGGAAACCAUCAACCAAGAGACCAUUGCCAAAUUCCGCAAUGAUUGGGAUCUGGCGCGCACAAAUUACACCAAGCACCUGGUCAGAACUGGUGAAAACUAUGGACAGACGAGCAAGAUCUACGCUCUGACUGAGGCAAAAUGGGCUGAAGUAGAGCGACGUUGGCAGACAACCUUUGGAGACAUUGUGAAGAACACCAAUCGAGCUACCGCCGCAUCGGCUGGUGCAUCUCGAAACCACAGCCGAGGACGAGGGCGCGGCCGCUCUAGCAGUUCCAAUGCCGCAGCGCUCGCGCGACUUCCAGCCCAAGACGAUCUUGUUGCCGAACUCGAGUGGAGACGUCUGGAAGACUGCCUCCCCAGCGCUGUUCCGCAAAUGCUGGAGUCGCUUGACGCAGACGGCAAGUUCCCCGGUCGGGGUGACGAAGACAUUGUUGGACCUAUGCAACGGGAUGCGGUGAUGGUACGAGCAAGAAGCGAGGAUGCAAAGGGUCGAUUCUGGAAGACUCUAGCGGAUCGAGUAGGUCUGCGCAAAUAA